UAGCACACGCUUCCAAUCAAUCGUUGGCUUCCAUGUUUUAAGGGGUGGAGAAAAAAAAGAGAGAAAAAUAUGUGAAAAAUGGCUACUGUACAGUCUGAAUCCGAACAACAAUUAGAAGAUAAACUCAUUAACGGUACACUCGGUGAAAACAAACCUGAACUACAACCUGUAUCAGCUACAGUAGCCGAUUGUAAAACUGAGGUUUGUGCACAAGGAAGCGACGUAAAGGGAACGACUGACCCUGGUGUUCCGUCUUCACUAGCAAGUGAAAAUUCACCUCCACAUGGCGUUGCUCUUUCACCACGCAACAAAGAUGCAUCAGGAAUGUCUUGUAAUUCUAAGGAGGACGAGCAAACCGCGGACCUGCUGCUUAAAAAUGAUAACCAAGAUCUCGUUUCAGCGGAGCCCGAAACGGACUGCGAUGUGAUAUCUGAACGUUUCCACAAUGAAAACAUCGGGCAAGAAACCGAAAAAGAAGAAACAGCUGACAAAACUACAGAAAAUGUCAGAAAAGAGUCAAAGCCUACCAGAGAGGAAGAAUGCCCACCAAAACAAGAUGAAGAUUCUACAAAUAUAAGUGAAGUAGCAAAGUGUCAUGACGAUGCAACACAAAGCACAGAAGAGAAGAUGGGAGAAGCAGGAGAUCCCAAAAGCGCGGAAAAGGUUAUGGACAACACAGAAGAGAAGGAAGGAGAAGAUCCCAAAAGCAUGGAGAAGGUGAAGGACUACACAGAAGAGAAGGAAGGAGAAGAUCCCAAAAGCAUGGAGAAGGUUAAGGACUACACAGAAGAGAAGGAAGGAGAAGAUCCCAAACGCAUGGAGAAGGUUAAGGACUACACAGAAGAGGAGGAAGGAGAAGAUAAAUCUAAGAGUGAUGGGACGGGCAUAGUUGUCAAGCGAAGGAAAAGCAAACUGGAAUGCAACGAAUGUGGUAAAAAGUUCACUCGUCGGGAAACAUACAACCUGCAUCGACACUUUCACAUGCAUCAAGAUGAGCAGGCUUCCCUUGUUUGUAAAGAAUGUGGCAUUACAUUUCAGCAUCGAAGUGACCUUAUCAAACACCGCAGUAUUCAUAAAGAAAACAGCCAACCAAGCCUGUCGCAUUCAAAACGCUCUGAGAGGAUAUACAAGGAACGGAGGAAAUUUCAGUGUGAGCACUGCGGUAUGUGUUUCUCGACAAUGAUGAGAUUAAGGCUUCAUGUUUGUGAACAGAAUGUGGAAAAGCCUUUUCGCUGCCCUCUGUGCCGCAAAGAGUUCCAGUACAGGGUGUCCAUCAAUGCUCACAUGCAGAGUCACUCAAUAGAUAGUCCUUAUCGGUGCCAGGAGUGCAACAAAGGCUUUCAGAGUUUAGUGACGUUGCAUAUACACCAACGAUCCCACGCUGCGCUGAAGCCAUAUGAGUGUCCAGAUUGUAGUUUGGUCUUCAAGCAUCGCUACGUCAUGGAGGACCAUCGACACAGGCACACUGAAGAAAAAGCACAUGUGUGCAAAAUCUGUGGGAAGAACUUCAAAUAUAGCAGCCUUUUGCAGCAGCACCAGUAUCUCCACACAGGCCAAAAGCCAUACAACUGUUCAUACUGUGGAAAAACAUUUGCUUUUGCACAAAACAUGCGAGCACAUUGUCGGCAACACAAAAAGAUCUCCACUAGGUCUAAGGCAUGUAUUACAAACCAUAAGGUAUCUCUUGAAGGGCAAGGAGGUAAAGGGAAUGUAAAUGUUGAGCAGCAGCGCAACUGUCCUCUGUGCCCUCAAAUUUUUUAUGCAGCAUCUGAUUUAAGAGCACACAUGUUAAUCCAUGAGGCAGAGUAUGAAAGGAUGUGUAACGGCAAAAGAUUCGAUAAGGUCUAUGCCUGCCAGUAUUGUCCUCUUAAAUUUCAGUCAGAAUCCAUGCUGCAAUCCCAUUCACAAACACAUAUGACUAACAUUUUGGGUUUAAACACAACACGUAUCGCAAAUCAGGUUAAAGCGGUACUUGAAAAGCAGGAUGAUGUUGGUAUGGACGAGGCAGAUAUUGAAAGUAUGUCGGGAGUAGGGGCAUUAGAGGACCAGACAGAGAAGAAACCGUUCAGGUGUCGAGACUGUGGAAAGUGCUUUCGUUACCGAUCAGUUUUAGAACUUCACAUGCGCAUACACAACAAGGGUUAUCAGUGUCAAGUGUGUAAAAAAUCUUUCAGAUUUAGUAGCUAUUUGCAGCAGCAUUCAAUUAUCCACACCGGGAAGAAGCCAUUCAAGUGCCCGGACUGUGGUAAGGAUUUUGCAUUUCAUCACAACAUGAAAACACACCAGCGGCUGCAUCAACAAAAGCCGUUUCGCUGCACACAAUGCCGUAAGGGCUACAGUGAUGAGAGCCAGCUUCAGCGGCACAUGCUUUCCCAUACAGGUGAGAAACCUUACAAGUGUCAUCUGUGUGACAAGAGCUUUGCUUUAGCGUACUUGCUCCGAGACCAUCUAAACACUCAUACAGGGGAGAGACCCCAUCGAUGCCAGGAGUGCCAUAAGUCAUUUCCAUGGCUUAGCAGUCUCCUUGUGCAUCAAAAGAUUCAUGUCCGUAAACGGCAAGGUCAGAGUCACGGUUAUCCACUGUCCAUACAUUCUCAAAGAGGCAGAGUAAAUACCGGCAGGAGAGGUAGGCCAAGGUUAGAUCGAGAAAACGGAAGAAUGGCGCCUCUAUCUGGUAGAAUCAUGCCAGAAACACUGUUGCCAAAUGUGGUUACACACCAAUCCCGUAGCUUCGAUGCAAAAAGACAUCAACGCAUGCAUCUUAGAUCACAGCACUUGCACACUACAAGUCAUUCCCAGCAGAUUAAUUUGCAGCAAGAAUGGCAGCUACAAAUGGCACCUUCAUCAGAAGAACUGCUGCACUCUCAAAUGCCUGCAAAUUUAUUGGAAGGCCAGCCAAGCAAUGCAGUGCAGAUGCAGUGGCCAGGAAGUCACCUUAAGACGAACUUGCCUAAAUGUGAUGGUCUCCCAGAGGUCAUGCACCAGCAGCAACCUUUUCAAGAAAAUAUACCAAUGUCAGCACAAUCUAAUCAUUACUCGGAGAGAAGCAUAUCUGAAACAGAGCAAAAAGGCAAGCAUUCACAACACCCCGUGGACAGGCCUUCACUUCUGGAUGGAAAAAGGCAAUCACAGAGAGCAAUUCAAGACCUGCAGCAGUCGCAGUGGCCAAUACUCUGUGAUUCGGUGCAAACAGCUAAACCAGAGCUGUUCAAAACUUCAUCAGAAGAUGGCAAUGUAACUGUUGACUUAGAAGCCCCACCCAACAAGGAAUCUGAUAAACUCACUCAUGAUUUGCAAAUGCCAAAUUCCACUGGUCUGGCUAAAACAGAGAUGGGUCAUACUGGUGGUAUAGUCCUACCCGCUGGUGCUUCUGGUCUACAGAAUACCACUCCAUGGGGUAUGAAAACAUCUUUGGAAAUGUCUACAUCCAUGGGCUUGCAAGAAAUACCAGAAGAGUCAUUAGAGAAUCAGCAAAACAGGCUAAUCAAGCACUUGCCUCAGCAAAUGCAGGUUCCGCAGCAGCUUCUUCAACAACAGCUUCAUCAGCCACAGCUCCAGCAACAGACUCAGAUACCUCAUACUUGGGUUAGUGCAACUCCUACAAACCAGAUAGGACCUGUGAACAUCCCGUACUCUCCAGCUCAUUUUCCCCUUGGGGAUAGACCUCCAAUGUGGGGGUUUCAGGCUGCUCCAGUUGUUUCCCAGACCCUUGUAAAUGGACCAGUUCAACAAAGUCACAUCCGGGCACAACAGCACGUAGCUCUGAUUUCUGGCCAGCAGAUUGCUCUAAAUCAGCCUUCUUUUAUCUCACCACAUUUUCCUCCACCAGCUCUAAAUAUACCUGCUCCGCAUCCACUGCAUUCUGUUGGAAGGCAACUUCCAGGUCCGUUACCACAAGGCAUCUUCUUUACCUCACAGGGCACCAUAAAUGAGAUGCCAAUCAUUCCACAAUUAACAAACUUACCUCCGUUAGCCCAACAAACUGAGUCACACCAAAUGGGCAAUAAAUUGCCUUUUGCCCCAGAUCACCUGUUUCAGUGCAUGAUAUGUGGUUGUUCUUUGCCUGGAGAACUAGAAUUACAGAUGCAUUAUAUGCAACAUGCACAAUGAGAUGUCUGAGUUAGAUUUUAGAAAUGAUAUACUUGCAAAACAACAAUAGCUCAGUUUCGACGGUCUCUUUGCAGUUUUAUUGUACAUUGUUGUUAAGCUGCUGGAGUGUGUUGAAGAUUUAAAAUGUAUUAAUGUUUUUAUUCAGUUAUUAAAUUUUCCAGCUGAACAUA